AUGAAGUACGCCGCUUUUUUCAGCGCUGCUGUCGCUGGACUUAUCGGCUCUGCCGCUGCUGUCGGUGUCUCCGGAUCCGCAGAGGGCUUCGCCAAAGGUGUGACGGGAGGUGGCUCGGCUACCCCCGUUUAUCCUAGCACCACUGACGAGCUGGUCUCCUACCUUGGUGACAGCGAGGCUCGCGUCAUCGUUCUCGAGAAGACCUUCGACUUCCGAGGCACCGAGGGUACCACCACCAGCACUGGUUGCGCUCCUUGGGGUACCGCCUCCGCCUGCCAGGUCGCUAUCAACCAGAACGACUGGUGCACCAACUAUGAGCCUGAUGCUCCCUCCGUCUCCGUCAGCUAUGACAAUGCCGGUGUUCUUGGUAUCACUGUGGGCUCAAACAAGUCCAUCAUCGGUGUGGGUAGCAAGGGUGUGAUCAAGGGCAAGGGUCUCCGGAUGGUCAGCGGUGCUGAGAACGUGAUUAUCCAGAACAUUGCCAUUACCGACAUCAACCCUAAGUACGUCUGGGGUGGUGAUGCUAUCACUCUUAACAACGUUGACAUGGUCUGGAUUGACCACGUCACCACCGCUCGCAUCGGCCGCCAACACAUCGUCCUCGGAACCUCUGCCGACAACCGUGUCUCCAUCACCAACCACUACCUUGACGGUGAGACCGAUUACUCCGCCACCUGCGACGGCUACCACUACUGGGGCAUGUACUUUGAUGGUUCCAGCGAUAUGGUCACCUUGAAAGAUUCCUACAUAUAUCGCACCAGUGGUCGAGCUCCCAAAGUUGCCGGCAACACUCUCCUUCACGCUGUCAACAAUUAUUGGUAUGACAAUUCUGGCCACGCUUUCGAGGUUGGAUCCGGUGCCUAUAUCCUUGCUGAGGGCAACGUCUUCCAGAACGUUGACACAGUCGUCGAGACCCCCACCUCCGGCCAGAUGUUCUCCGUUCCCUCCACCUCCUCUGGAACUUCCUGCACUGCCUCCCUCGGCCGUGCCUGUGUUAUCAACGGCUUCGGUAGCUCUGGCACCCUCAGCGAGACUGAUACCGACUUCCUCAACAACUUCAAGGGCAAGAACAUUGCCUCCGCUUCAGCUUACACCUCCGUCGUCUCCACCGUUAAUUCCAACGCUGGUUACGGCAAGCUGUAA